AGUCUCCAUCUUCAAGUCUUACUUAUCCAACUCGCUCAUCAACGCGUUACGCAUCCAAUACUUCUUACCUGUCUAUCUCAUCACUCAAUACAUCUAUCAGAAUGACUGGACGUGGCAAAGGUGGAAAGGGUCUCGGCAAGGGUGGUGCCAAGCGUCACCGAAAGAUCUUGCGUGACAACAUCCAGGGUAUUACCAAGCCCGCUAUCCGUCGUCUCGCUCGCCGUGGUGGUGUUAAGCGUAUCUCCGCCAUGAUUUACGAGGAGACUCGUGGUGUCCUGAAGACCUUCCUCGAAGGCGUUAUUCGCGAUGCUGUCACAUACACUGAACACGCCAAGCGCAAGACUGUCACAUCCCUCGAUGUUGUUUAUGCUCUCAAGCGACAGGGCCGCACCCUUUAUGGUUUCGGUGGCUAGACGAUUUUUUCUUCCUUGUUUUGACACCGCCUUGCCUAUGCGGUCGACGCGUGUGUUCGCCGCUGUGGUGACGCGUUAUUCUGGGUUGGGUUUCGGUAUGACACGGUCGUCAGGGUGUUCUCUGAAUAGCUUUUUGUU